AUGAGUGCAGAGCUGAGGGCAAGAUCUAUGGCCACUACUGCUUCAGAAUCGCAGCAAUCGGAGACAGCACCGUUGCUUGAUAACAAGACCCCAAAGCGCAAGCUCUACAGAAUAUCAGAGAUCCCGGAAUGGCAACAUGAUAACGCUUAUAUUCUGACUCAUUAUAUCGGAGAAACCCGGAGUUUCAGGGAAUGUUUUGGUUCGCUGGCUUAUCUCCAUAACGAGAUAGUGAACAUCUACACGCAUCUGGUGCCCGGAAUCGUUAUGCCUAUUGUGGCGCUUUUGGCGGGUUUAUUUAUUCCAAUAAGCACUGAAAAACAAUUAUUUCCGGUGAUUCCUGUUGAUAUUCCAGUUUACAGCACAACUGGGUAUGCUGACUACUUCUUCUUCCUACUCUUCUUCGCUGGAGUGUGCACAUGUCUUUCACUGAGUGCUACUUAUCAUUCGGUCAAGUGUCAUUCGUUGGGCGUUGCUGUUUUCGCCAAUCAACUCGACUAUCUUGGAAUUGUGAUUCUUAUUGUGACGUCUAUAGUGGGAAUAUUGUUUUACGCUUUCAUAGACCACCCUACCUCGCGGGCUGUUUUCACUUCCAUUACCUUGGUGCAGGGCGUGUUAUGCGGCGUGGUCAGUAUGAAAAGGCAGUUUCGUCAUCACUCUUGGAGGCCAUUUAGAGCAGCUAUGUUUAUUGUGUUUGGUCUUUCGUCCGUCCUUCCUCUAGGUUAUAGUGUAGUCAGAUACGGUUUUGACCAGACGAGGAGGAGGGCUGGUCUUAGUUGGGCCAUCACCGAGGGAGCGAUGUACAUUGGUGGAGCAAUCAUUUACGCGUUGCGCAUUCCCGAAAGGUUUGCCCCCGGUAAGUUUGAUGUGUUUGGGCAUUCUCACCAGAUAUUCCAUGUGCUGGUAGUUGGGGCAGCUAGUUGUCACCUCAUGGCGUUGGCUACAGCCUAUCGGUACGCCCAUGAGGUCAAUUGGGAGUGA